CAACAUGCGACUUAAGUACAAUUGAGGAGUCGGCAACAAAGCAGCACGCUAAAUAGUUUUUGGCUACAUACAAUGCUAAAUAGUUUUGGGCUACAUACAAUGCUAAAUAGUUUUGGGCUAAAUACAAUGCUAAAUAGUUUUGGGCUACAUACAAUGCUAAAUAGUUUUGGGCUACAUACAAUGCUAAAAUAGUUUUGGGCUACAUACAAUGCUAAAUAGUUUUGGGCUACAUACAAUGCUAAAAUAGUUUUGGGCUACAUACAAUGCUAAAAUAGUUUUGGGCUACAUACAAUGCUAAAUAGUUUUGGGCUACAUACAAUGCUAAAAUAGUUUUGGGCUACAUACAAUUCUAAAUAGUUUUGGGCUACAUACGAUGAUAGCAUGUCCGUUUGUUGGCUUGUCAGUCAGGAGGAAACGCACAAACCAAUUAUGUUGCCCCAUCUUCAGCCAGUUGUCCUGGGUCGAGGGCCAGAAACCACCAUUAAAGACAAGAAGUGCUCCAGGGAGCAAGUCGAAUUGAAAGCCGACUGCAACAAAUGCCUUGUCAGUGUUAAGCAGCUGGGCGUCAACCCCACCUGCAUAGGCUCCCGGGUGUUGGGUCACGGGAAGGAGGUGAAAAUGAAGGCCGGAGAGUUGCUUUACAUUGUCAAUGAGCUGUACCCCUACACCGUGCAGUUCAAGGAAGACGGUUCUGGAAGCCGCAAAAGACCCCUCCAGAUGUCUACAGCGGACAAAGAAAGCCACAAAGAGGCUGCGAGUGUGAAGGCGGCCAAACACACGGAAGAAUUAUCCAGUGGGAGAAGUGAAAGUGUUGGCCAUUGGAGCCAAGGCCUGAAGGCGUCGAUGCAGGACCCCGACAUGCAGGUGUAUAAGGACGACCAGGUGGUGGUCAUCAAAGACAAAUACCCCAAGGCGCGUUACCAUUGGCUGGUCCUGCCGUGGGUGUCCAUUGCGAGCCUGAAGGCCCUGCGCAAGGAGCACUGCGGCCUGCUGCGCCACAUGCACGGCGUGGCUGAGCAGAUGGUGCAACAGUGCCCACAGGCCAGGUCCUUAGACUUCCGCAGUGGCUACCACGCCAUUCCCAGCAUGAGCCAUGUGCACCUCCACGUGAUCAGCCAAGACUUUGACUCUCCUUGCCUGAAGAACAAAAAGCACUGGAACUCCUUCACCACCGAAUAUUUCAUCAAUUCCCAGGACGUGAUCGGCAUGCUUGAAAGCCAUGGAAGGGUGACAGUCAGAGAAGGCACCGGUGACUUGUUGAAGGCACCCCUCAGGUGCCACCUGUGUCGCCACCAGCUUGCCACUAUACCCGCUCUGAAACAGCAUCUGAAGUCUCACUUUCCCAGCUGAGAGUGACGCCCUCAAACGCAACACAGUCGUCAUAGAGAGCACCAGGCAUGCACUACUUACUGCCUUCUGAAAUACAUCUCCUAUUGAGAAGUCCCGCAUCCUUGUGUGGAGCUCAGCCAACUACAAGGAUCUGGUCAGAGUCAGGUUAUUAAAAUGUAGAAUUGUUGUAAAAUCUUGGUUAGUAGUUUGUUGUGAUCGUUUAUUUAUUUAGUGGUGUGAAAUACAAUUGGGUGAGAAUGUAUUUUCUAAUUGAAGGUGAGGCAUUCAUUUAUUCAGGCUGGUCGCCCAUGCAUUGAUGAAAUGUUUGUUUUGAUUUGAGGAAAAAACUAUCCAACCAUCCAUCUUCUUGCACUUAUGCCAAGACGGGUUGCGGGGGCAGCAGCCUAAGCAGAGAAGGUCAGACUUCCCUCUCGUCAGAUACUCUGUCCAGCUCCUGCCGAGGCGUUCCCAGGACAGCUGGGAAAUAUAGUCCCCCCGCCCCCCAACAUGUCCUGGGUCUUCCCCGUGGCCUCUUACCGGUCGGAGUUCCCGAAACACCUCCCCAGGGAGGCGUUGGAGGGGCAUCCUGACCAGAAGCCUGAACCAACUCCUCCAUGGAGGACCAGCGGCUUUACUCUGCUUCUCAUUAGGGAUGAUGUUUGAAACUGAUUCUCCCGGUUGUUCGAUAAGAAAAGAACCGAUUCCAUGAGCUCAAAUCCCUUUUUGAGAACCGGUUCCCGUUAUCGGUAAAGAAAAAGAGUUGGUUCUUUAUUCGAAUCCCUGGGAACGAAUCCCAAAUGGGCAAUGUUAUGCCCAUUUGAUUGUAGACUCUUACUGACACCUUGUGGCGAUAUGAAAAUACUACGCGUCAAUAGUUUGGGCACUUCCGGGUUGACGACAUCUGUUCAGUUCAUGAGACAAUUGAGAAAUAGACAAGUUGUGUUAGCUCUUACAAGCCUUGGAAAAGAUAAGUCUGUAAGUAAACUGUUCAACUUGUUUAUGUAACUCAAUAUUAAGGUGGAAAGUGUUUAAGUUUGAUACUAAGAUUUUUAUUGAAAAACGAUUUUUGUGCUCUGUUUCAAUGGAUGUUUUGAGGACUUAAAAUGGCUGCCAGUCGUGUAUUUCCACCAUCGAAAUAGUUUCUACACUCAGAAGUAUUUGUUUGAUGAUAGUACUGUAUAUUUGUGUGAAGCUAAUAUUUACAUAUUGUGUGUUACAUUUCCGUAUGUUAAUUGAAUCACAUAGCUUAUACAUUUGUCAUUGUGUGUAUUUCAGUUGAAAAAAUAAAUAAAUAACAGUCCAGUGCAAGACAAAAGUAAAGAUAGGAAAAGAUAAAGCAAGAUCAACAACAAUAAAGAGCCUAAAUGGAUUAAUCUGUAUUGGAACUUUAUUAGACGUCUUGGAUUGUUUGUUAGCUGUCUGCCUGUGUGUGUAGUUAGUAUGUUCCAAUAGCAGCAGAAGUGCACUUUUUGGAGAGUUGUAUUAUUUUUUAGUUUUGUGCCCAAGGGACUGAUUUUAUUUAACACUAUAUUAUUAUUUAUACACCUUUAGUGAUCACAGAUACAGGUUGUUUUUGUGUUACUGUAUAUAUUUGUUUUUCUGAAAAAUCCCACUUUAAUAUACUUUGGGUAACAACAGUCAAUAUUUAAUUAUUUUAUUUUUUUAGGGGGGUAACAGUCAAUAUUUAUUUAUUUUAUUUUAGUUUUUUCUUAUAAAAUAAAAGUGAGCUUUUGUUAAACCAAAUAUUGUUUUUUUUCCAUAUACAACAACCUAUCUGGGUUCGAUAAGAGAAUCGAUAAGGAAUCGGUUCGAUAAGAGGAUUCGAUAAUGGGCUCGAACUGGAUCAUUUCUUAUCAAACAUCAUCCCUACUUCUCACCAUAUCUCUCAUUUUGGAAAAAAACUCUACUGGAUGUCAAAAUGUUUUUAUCUUUUGGUCUACAAGUUGUAUUGAGGUCACCGUGGAGUCUUUGGACUUCUUUCAGUUCUCAGACCGGAGUGGUUCUUCUGCAGUUCCCGGACAGCAUGUCGGUGUCGUCAGCGGCUAAACCGUCCAACAUGUCAACCUUACCGUCCUUCAGAGGCGAGGCCAGCGCGUAAAACACAAAGUCCGAGCUCACCGUCAACGGCGUGGGCAAACUGGGCGGGGCCACCACCUUGGAGAGCGAGUUCUCCCGCACCAGGGACCCCCGGAGGGAGUUGGAGGCGGACUCGGCCAUGCUGUGGUUGCUCCGGUUGCUGUACCCGCGGGGCCGGUUGUGGUAGUAGCGCUUGCUGCGGGGAAGCGCCGGCUUGAUGAGGGAGGGCCGGCCUUUGGUGCGCAGCUGCCGGUGCUUCUCGAUGAACACGUGCACCGCCAGCACGCCGACCAUCUCCGCCAGCACGAAGGAAAGCGCCCCGAAGUAGAAGGACCAGCCGUAGGAGUAGCUCUUCUUGUUGUCGCUCUGGCUGGGGUCGCCCGAGUUGGCCGAUAUGUACACGAUGAUGCCGAUGAUGUUGCUGAGACCUGAGGAGCAAACGGUUGCCAUGGUGAUGCCCAUUGUCUGGGGGCGUGCGGGUGAAGGGGCCGACCUGCUGAGACGAAGAGGAUGCCCGCCGUGAGGAUGACGUUGUGGCGCGACUUGUAGAACUCGCUGGCCGCCACGCACACGCCCCCCAGGAACAGCAGGCCCACGCUGAGGAUGGGGAAGAGGCUGGAUGCUCGCACGGCGCCUGGGGGGGAAAGAGACCUUUCAACCAUGGAGAUUUACUGCUGGCUCGGAACGAGGGCGGACACGUUACCCCUCCCUCUCCCAUCUCUUUGCCCCGUCUAAAUGAUACAGACAGCCUCUCUUUUGCACUCUUCUCCAAUAAACUGAUGGGUCAACUUAAUUGGCGAGAUCAUCUCAAGGAGAAGCUCGAGUUCGGGUUCGAGUUCGGGGGAACAUGUGCUGCUGGAUACUCCUGGGAGAACUUCUUUCCUUUAAAGACAUUGACGAUACCAAUUUGGAAUUAUGAUAACUAGUAGGGAUGUCCGAUAAUGGCUUUUUGCAGAUAUCCGAUAUUCCGAUAUUGUCCAACUCUUUAAUUACUGAUACCGAUAUCAACCGAUAUAUACCGUCGUGGAAUUAACACAUUAUUAUUAUUAGGGAUGUCCGAUAAUGGCUUUUUGCCGAUAUGCCGAUAUUGUCCAACUCUUUAUUUACCGAUACUGAUAUCAACCGAUAUAUACAGUCGUGGAAUUAACACAUUAUUAUUAUUAGGGAUGUCCGAUAAUGGCUUUUUGCCGAUAUGCCGAUAUUGUCCAACUCUUUAAUUACCGAUACCGAUAUCAACCGAUACCGAUAUUAACUGAUAUAUACAGUCGUGGAAUUAACACAUUAUUAUGCCUAAUUUGGACAACCAGGUAUGGUGAAGAUAAGGUACUUUUUAAAAAAAUGAAUCAAACAAAAUAAGAUAAAUAAAUUAAAAACAUUUUCUUGAAUAAAAAAGAAAGUAAAACAAUAUAAAAACAGUUACAUAGAAACUAGUAAUGAAUGAAAAUGAGUCAAAUGAAGUGUUAAAGGUUAGUACUAUUAGUGGAGCAGCAGCACGCACAAUCAUGUGUGCUUACGGACUGUAUCCCUUGCAGACUGUAUUGAUAUAUAUUGAUAUAUAAUGUAGGAAGCAGAAUAUUAAUAACAGAAAGAAACAACCCUUUUGGGGAGGGAGGUUUUUUGGGUUGGUGCACUAAUUGUAAGUGUAUCUUGUGGGGUUUUUUUAUGUGGAUUUAAGAAAAAAAUAAUUAUUGGAAAAAAAAACAAAAAAAAUAAUAAAAAAACGAUACCGAUAAUUUCUGAUAUUACAUUUUAAAGCAUUUAUUCAUCUCUAAUAACUAUCGGCAGUCCGAUAUUAUCGGCCGAUAAAUGCUUUAAAAUGUAAUAUCGGAAAUUAUCGGUUUCAAAAAGUAAAAUGUAUGACUUUUUAAAACGCCGCUGUGUACACGGCCAUAGAGAGAAGUACAGAGCAGUUGCGUCUCCCAGUCAUACUUGACAACCCUCCCCAUUUUCCCGGGAGACUCCCCAAUUUCAGUGACCCUCCCCAAAAUCUCCCGGGGUAACCAUUCUCCAGAAUUCCUCCCGAUUUCCACCCAGACAACAAUAUUGAGGGCGUGCCUUAAAGGCACUGCCUUUGCGUGGCGGCCCAGUCACAUAAUAUCUACGGCUUUUCACACACACAAGUGAAUGCAAGGCAUACUUGGUCAACAGCCAUACAGGUCACACUGAGGGUGGACGUAUAAACAAGUUUAACACUGUUACAAAUAUGCGCCACACUGUGAACCCACACCGAACAAUAAUGACAAACACAUUUGGGGAGAACAUCCGCACCGUAACACAACAUCAACACAACACAACAAAUACCCAGAAUCCCUUGGAGCACUAACUCUUCUGGGAUGCUCCAAUAUACACCCCCCGCCACCCCCACCACCUCAAUCUCCUCAUGCUCUCUCAGGGAGAGCAUGUCCCAAAUUCCAAGCUGCUGUUUUGAGGCAUGUUAACAAAAAUAAUGCACUUUGUGACUUCAAUAAUAAAUAUGGCAGUGCCAUGUUGGCACUUUUGUUCCAUAACUUGAGUUGAUUUAUUGUGGAAAACCUUGUUACAUUGUUUAAUGCAUCCAGCGGGGCAUCACAACAAAAUGAGGCAUAAUAAUGUGUUCAUUCCACCACUGUAUAUAUCCGUAUCGCUUGAAAUCGGAAUCGGUAAUUAAGAGUUGGACAAUAUCGGAUAUCGGAAAA